CAACAUCCCGAGAAACUCAAGAUGGAACAACCCUUCCUCAUGUGCCUAGCACUAUAACAACUGAUUCAGUGUUCUCAACUAGACCAGUAGAAUUGUCUUGUAUUGAUAUCAAAGCUUGUAGUGACGAUCGAUGCAACCAAUAUAUCUCCCAAGUUUUCAGUGUUGAAGGCUCCUCUGGAUUAUCAACUACUGUCAUCACAACCGGUAAUGAAACAAGUACAUGUGUAAGUGUGUAUGUCGGUAAAACCGUCAAUGUUUCAGCAAUGUGCUCAAAUGGUGAUGUUGUGAAUACGACAGUAAUACCUACUACAGUAAGUACUUGCUCCGAAAGCGGUUGCGUUGAGUUGCUAUUUGUAAUUGGAUGCAUACAGUCUAGUACAGAAAGUGCAACAACAGUGCCAGACAUACCACUUGGAACAAGAACACCUGAAGAACCUAACUCUGUAACACAACAGAUUCAGUGA